AUGACCGCAGACUGCAUCUUCGCUUUGACGUCAUUCAAAUCUCACCAAGAACUUGUUCACAUGCUCAUUAGUCACAUUGAUACUCUUUAUGGUGAAACUGAAGACCUACUCAAGACGUCUUUCUACCACACACAAACACCCCCGGAUACGUCGACGGAAUCGCAGAUUUGCCAGAAAUUACAGGAAGCCACUGUUACACUGGAAGCUGUUCUUAUUGGCGUCUCUGGACUACCCAAUUCUCCCAAUUCGCAAGAGAAUUCGGCGCUCUUCUCAAAACUUUUAGACAUAUUUUGGAAAACUUCGUUCUACUCGAAGAAGGAACUUCUACUAAUUUCUCCAAGUAAUCGGAGACUUGUCGACCGUAUAAGGAGCCUCCAAUGCUUCAUUUUAAUACGUGCUGCCUGCCUGGACGCGGAAAGUCUUUUCACAACAGAAGGCGAUACUCGAGGUGAAUCGGAACACUUCCUCUCUGAUACACGCUUGAUUUCCCGCCUACUGACUAGCGUUUCGAACUUGGGCAGUCAGAGGGUGGACAGCAUUUUUCUUCUUUUUGCUGCCGUCUGCGGCUCCUCCUUCCCCGUUCAGGAAGCGGAUCAGGAACAGGACGACCUAAUUGUCUCGGCGUCACGUUAUGCUGUAACGGCAAUCAGCCAGCUGAAUGUCUUCCAGUGUCUACUUGACUUGCUCGUCAACACAGAACCUCUUAAACCCAUGUCUCGAGUUCCAGACGCUCCUCUUUGGCCCAAACUGGACAAUCGGGAGCCAACACAUUUGCAUCCACUAGGAGCUUUUGAACUCUUUCACCUGCCUGACAAUUUGAGCGUGGUAGGCCUUUGUGAACACCUCGCAACCUUCGACUUGCUCACAUUCAUGGCUAAACAAAUCACUUUGGAGUCUCUGGACACGGAUCUCGGACGUCCGACCAACCAAAACCUUUUCAUCAAAAUCCUAUCAAAGGCUCUCUCAACCCUGAUUCAAUGUUCUGGAUCCUUGGGCAUGCUCUGCAGAUCCGCCGAUCCAUCCGCCAUGGGUAGUCUCAACAUUGGCUCCCGUGUUCUCUCCACAAUUGAAAGCGUUGCCCAGAGGUUCCCCUACGACCUCAACUUCCUGGACCUCUGUACGGCGUUGCUGAGCUCUACCGAGGAGCGGAACGAUGCUACCGUCGAACUGGUUGCCCAGCUCAUCUCCUCUGUUCCUUACUUUGCUCAACCGCUGACCGAUGAGAUCGCCGCUGCCUUGUCCCCUGUCAAAAAUGAGGAAGUGGAGGGAGGCGAGACCCGUAGACAGGAUAUGGCCGUGCUAUUGCGUCAGCACUGGGCCCUCCCAACGGAUGUCUUGGCUCGUAAGGGCUUCAACCAGUAUGCUGUCAGUCUUUCUCCCGGCACCCGCAGCAUCCUCAAACCAGAACUCGGCCUCAUUGUCUGGCAGCAUGAGUAUUCCGUUUGGCCAGUCGUAAACGCGAUUGUGGCGUCUGCGGAGUACUCGAUCUCGGCCGAGAACUAUGGCUUGUCAGCAGACAAAAAUCCUCCGCGCUACGGCUCCCUGUCGAGUUCGCAACCUACAUUGGCGGCUGCAUUGGCGGCUGCUCGUUUGAAAACCGCCUUUUCUCGCCUAGCUACUUGCUUGGACUUUGUGGACGCUUGCCUUCUGGCCGGCAUUGAACCAGGCAGAUGUCUGGCCAUUACGGACACAAUGUGGACUCUGGUGACGGGCAUUUUCACCGAGUUUUUCAGCACAGAGACUACUGGGGGUCGACAGGAACGGCUACAGCAGUGGCCGCUGCCGCCUCCACCGCCACAGCGGGCACAAAAGUCGGCCUUCAAUGAGGUGCUGAUCAGCCUCACCUGUGGCCGU